GAAAUAGUCAAUCUCUUACCAGAUCGACGUGAUGGUCAUGAAGACUGCGUAAGUGGCAUGUUUCUUGGGAUGAAGGCAGGCGGUGAAGACGCCACCAGCGAGCGAGAGCAACCAAGCGAGCAGACGCAGUGCGAUCAGUCCGUAGCCUUGAGACGACUCGUAAACCAAAAGGAGGCGGGUGGACUCAGUCGACUGGCCGAUGUAAAGAGUCGAUUGCAACAAGUUUGCGAGAUGAGGAAAAAACAACGAAUAAAGUCCGCGUUGAGCUACUAA